AUGGGGGCUGUACAGGGUAGAGGGCUGACUUUAGAUUUAGAAAUCCAUGCUGGAGCUGAAAAGCUUAAAGUGCUAAAGAAACACAAAUUGGCUUCCUCUAUCUUGGAGGAAAGAGAUUGGAAUUCAGUGCAAGAAUUUUUAGAGUUUGUGUUGCCUAUUAAGAUGUCAGCUAAUAGAACAGAAACUACAGACAUUAUUCAAAAUAUUUUAUCAGAAGCCAGAACUAUGUCUGGACUAAGACAAGUCGAACGCUAUUUUCUUGAAACAAGAGGAGAUACAUCAGAUCAGAGUGGCUUCCAGCUAACUGCAAAAUGGAUUAUUGAAGCCUCUUUCUUUUCUUCAUUAUUUAAAUUGCAACUGUUUGUUGUAAAACAUGAUGUUCAGAGUUUUAAGGAAAAAUCAGCAGCAAUGAUGUGCAGUUUAAACACCAUCGACAAAAUUCAAAAUUUCAAUAAUCCUUUAGGUGCCACUGAGUCCUUUGUUAAGCUGAUGGAAAUUAAUGCAAAGGAAAGCCAAAUUGCAAUGCCAGAGUUAAAUUUGAUCAUGUUUUGGAUGGAAGUUCACUUUUGUUUGGUUUUGUUUUCUAGAGCCAAUAUAACAAGGGCUAAGUAUUCAGAAAGUCAAUUCUACUUACCAAAAUCUUUUAUGACCAACAUUUUUCUUUUAAAUUCUUGCCUACCCAAAAGAAAGAAAAGCAAUAGUCAAAACUCUGUUGAAGAAAUGGUUUUUAACAGCUGUGCAGAUAAGGAUAUGGUAUCUAAUUUUCUAAGCCGCAUAACUGUUAUAGUGAUUGGAAAAAAUCCAACAAGUCUUAUUAAUAGAAUACCAUCACUUUGUGAGGAAAAACAGUUUUUGGGAGCAGAAAGAAUUUUAAUACUAAUGCUUGUUAUUUUGCUCAACACUCCAAGGCAUGCUGUGCCUGAACACUUAGAAGUGCAAAUUCAAACUGUAUGCCAAAAAGUGAGAGCAACUUCAAACACACCUAGACAUCUGCAGUUCUUGAUAGAAAAUAUGAAAACAGCAAGAAAUUUUCAUAACAUUGUCAGUUUAUUAGAAAACUUGUUUGUGGGUCAUGAUACUAGCAGCAAGAGCCAGACAUCUUUGUUACAUUGUACUUGGACAGAUCAAAUUAAUUCACCCCUAAAAACAAAACUUUUAGAACCAAUGCAUUGUGAAAAGAUGGAUAUUAAAGAUCUAAGUGUCUCUACAACUAUUGCUCAAGUAAAGGGUGAACAGUCAAAUGGUAAUCAAGCACAAGGCAUUCAAAACCAAGACAAUUAUUGGCACGCCAACAGUUUGAAGAAAACCAAACCAUAGACUAAUAGCUCAGCUACGCCAAGUCAUUAAUGAAAUAGACAUUAUAAAACCUUAAAAAAAAAUUAAGUCUAUAAUUUUCUUCAAGAUUAUAUUUCUGUAAAACAUUCUACUUAAAUCUGGUUAAAUUUUAUCAAUAUGAUUUUUGAAAACAACUUUGUAUUUAUAUUUUCUUAGGAUUUUCUGUUUAAAAGCUCACCUAGUAACUUAAUAUUUUCUUGACUCUUUAAUUUGUUAUUUAUGACUGUUACUCAGUUUUAUAUAAUAUGCAUCUUGGGUGAUUGACUAAUAAUGAAUACAAUUACAAACCAUUUAAAUGUGAGCAUGGUGAUCUUUAAUAAAGUAUCAUCUAAUUCUUCUGAUUAACUUUGUGACAUUUUUUACCAUUAUAAAAUAAAAAUGUCAAUUAAUUGAAUAUGUUGAAUAAUAAUUAAUAAUGAUGAAAUAUACUUUGUUUUACUUUUUGAAAUAAAAUCCAUGUUGCUUAUUAUAGUCUAAUUUUUAGUUGAUAAACUUAGUUUAUAUAAUGAGAUAGUGUAAAAAUAUAGACCCAACAUUAUUAAUGUACUGUAAUUACUAAUUAGUUCUACAUUUCUUAUCAAUUUUAGAGCAGCAGAAAUGUACUACUAAAAUUCAAGUGCCAAUUGCUUUAUGUAGCAAGCUCUAUCAUAGUUAUUAUUUGUGCUGCAGUUAGUUGACACCUUGCUAUUUUAAAGUAUAUGAUGUCAAUUGUUUUGGGGACUGUGUGGUGUAGCUGUAGAAAGCUAGACUUCGAACCCACAAGUCUUGACUUCUUAUCCAGGUUCAAUUCAGCUCUGAUGGGUAGUUAGCUCACGUUAGGGAAAACAAAGGUUAUUUGGUUAUUUGGUUCAGUACUGUAUUUUACAUUAACAAUUUGUAACAUUGAAUAUUACACUGUAGCUGUA